CACUUUGCUUAUUCCGGAAGAUGAAAGUACUUAGGGAUUUCAUGACGGUCAUUCAUUGGUUAACGUUUAGACUUCCUUAGUGUUUGUGGUACAUGUUUGAUGGAUUUGUCGAAGUGAUUGUGAAUAAUAAAAGGGAACAUUUAAAUGAUAUUCAGUACCUGUAGGAUAAUGUGUAUCUAAAGUGAUAUAUAACCAUAAUCUUCAACUGCCAAUAAUAGGUCAGUACAUCCCAUCAUGCCGUUACCUAGCAACCACACUGAAUCCUCCAGCACCGUUGUGAAGAUGCUUAACAACUCAACGUUGCCAAGCGAUGACAACAUGACUACAGCUGCAAACACGGCAGAACUUAUUCAGCGCCUCAAUGAUGAGAUGGCUCGGCUGAUGCUCCCUGCCACAAUUUAUAUAGUGGUUCUUAUGGUUCUUGGUUUAAUUGGCAAUGUGAUGGUAUGCUUCUUCUAUGGCUGCAAGACAAAGCGAACUACAAACACAUAUUUCAUUGUGAUACUUGCGCUGUAUGACAUAAUUGUUUGUGCCAUUUCCAUGCCAACAGAACUCGUCGACAUACAGCUGUACUAUACAUUCGAAAACAAUGUCGCUUGUAAAAUUCUGCGAUUUGUUAACUACUUUGCUGGAAUUGGGUCAAUUCUUACUCUCGUUGCCAUAGCGACCGAUCGUUUUAAAAAGAUAUGCAGGGCAACGCAACCUCAGUUGACUUUCAAAACAACAAGGUUUGUUAGUGUUGGCAUUAUAGGAAUUGCAAUUUUCUUGUCAUGGCCUUCUUUGUUGAUCUAUGGAUCAAUAAAGGUUCCUAUUGACAACGAGUAUGGUCUUGAUCUAUGGGGGUCAGACUGUACCUCUACGAAAGACAAAGCAUACCGGAAAUAUGUCUGGAUGUUUAAAGGAGUACAUAUCUUACUCUUCAUUAUCUUAUCAAUAACACUAAUAGUGUUAUACAGCAUUAUCGGAAACAAAAUAUUUAGUCACAAUAAAAAUCUACAAAAACAUCGUCCUUUCCAAAAACAAACGUCAAACAAGGACGCAGAGAUAUCUUUUACGAACACGCAAACCACCACGACCGAUGAAAGAGUUAGCAAAGAUUCCAAAGAUCAUUCUGCUUCCACACUGGACCGAGGCACUCACAGUAUAAUGAAAAAUCAUGUCGGAACUAAGACUAGCGUUAUUCCACCAAAGAAUAUAAGCGUUGACAAGGAAUCUGUGAGGAUAACCAUGGUGAUGAUCAUCGUUACUGUUAUAUUCAUACUAAGUUUCCUCCCUUACCUUUCGUUGACCGUAUGGAGGAUAGUGGAAGGCAAUUACGAGGCGUUAUUUCUCUCCGGAGCUGGGUUGGUCGGUUUCAACAUUGGGACAAGGUCUUUCAUGCUGAAUAGCAGCCUUAAUCCUUGGAUUUACGGCAUAUUCAACAGGAACUUCAGACGAUUCUUUUUUGGAUGGUGUUGUGAUUGUUUUGCCUACAUUAAAAAGCGUUGUCAGCGACUUUAGAAUUUUGCACUGACUAUAAAUGAUUACUUUCACGUCGAUGUGUUGUAUGCUGCAAUAAACGUUUUUUUUAAUUGUUAAGGUAAUGACUUAAUUUUCAUAAAAUGAAUCGCGAAAGUUGCGCACAGAAUCAAAUGUACUACUUAAACUCGGCACCAAAAUUUGGGAUCCAGCUAAAGUUUCAUACAACCUCAUGUAUAUAACGCUAUUGCGGUCGUCCAAUGUCCAACGUGCGCUGUCAACCACAACUUGAAGUGCCACAUACUAUAUUUAUACGGCUUUGCCUAUUUCAACCAAACUCCAUAGGAAUCAUUAUGAUCAUUAACUUGUCGUCGUUUGAACUUGUUCGGUGAAAAGCGUUCCAUGAUUAUUGCUCUGGCGGCCUUGAAAACAGAAAUUAAACAUCUUUAAAAUGUCAAUAUUAACUUUGCUUUGAACAUAUUUAUUUCAUGAAUAUAUACAGAUGAAAACAUAUAUUUCAUUCUAAAUAUUUAAGAAUUUGAUUGGAAGGUAAAAGCUUAUAAAGAUCAUCUUCUUCUGUAAAAAGCAGUUAGAUAUAUUUAUUUGGUUGUCUUUUUAAGGAUAAGUGCAUUUAUAGAUAUUUCAAAGCACGUCGUACAUGUUUAUGUCGUAAUGUUGAUUAAAUAUUGAUUUUGUAAUAGAGGGAUUAACUACUUUACACAUAGUGUUUAAGCUAGAUAUCAUUUUAACAAAACAUGACCGUCAGCGCGUGUUUCUUAUUUCCCGCGACUUAGCCAUGCUGAACACAUCAUAUAAUAUUAUCAUGCCGGAAGUUAAACAAUAAACAAGGAGUGUGUCCAUUACAUUUGUUCAUGUAACGUUGUUGGUAUCGUAAAUUUAGUUCCUUACCACUAUAACACACAUGAGAGAAAACGUUAUGAAAUAUUUGUAUUUAACUUAUUUAUGUUGUUGCUGUAUAUGCCUUUUCGACAUUUAGUUGUUGUUAUUUUAAAUUGUUUUAUUUUUGUAAUAUGUAUGUAUUAAAUCAAUUGAAAAUACCAAAUAAUAUAUGUGUUUGUCCACAAGGACAAUGGUCUUCUGGACUGAGUAUCGUUUUAGAGGGCGCUGUGGCUUUAUUGUUAUUAACGCUGUUAAAGGACUUCGGAUAUCUAUUUAAAUUUGCCGGUCAUCAUUGUGAAAAAUCAACUUUCAUAAUCAUAUUCUUCUAUUGCAUCUGUUUUAUUGAUAUAGUUUUUUUUAGGCUAUGCAAGAUUUUAAAUUAAAAAAAAAAGGAAAGGACUUGUGGAAUUUUAAUUCUAAAACAAUGGUUUCCACUAUACGCUAUAUAUUUGAAAUCAUUUCUAUUUAAGUCAACAUUGUCAUUUCUAUGUAAAUACUGUGUAUACUAAUUUAAAUGUCCCCAUGUCAAAAGUCCUAGACACACUUUCGUUCUCGGCCAGUGGCUAGGAAUAUACUGCAUGGUUAAAUAUGUUAAUAUAUCUACACAUAUAAUUUAUAAACAGAUGCAUACGAUAUAUAUUUAUAAAUCAUUUAACUGUUAUAAUUCUAAGCAUGCAAUCAUCAUUCUUCAGAGCAUUGUUGAAACAAUAAUUAUUAUCGUGUGCCUUUUUCUAAUCAUGCAUGUAAAUAGUUCCAGUAUUGUAUAUAUGUGUUUUAUUAAUAGACAUAUGUAUAUUUAUGAAAACUAUAUAAAAAACAUAUUGAGCUUAUUUCUGUCAUUUUGGUGAUAUUUGAAAUAUACAUCAGUGUGCUGUAAUCAACUGAAAUUAAAGGUUGUCCAUGGAUGUAAAAAACAACAAAACAUUUAACACUUUAGUAAAUACAAUGAAUAUAUACAUAUAUGCACUUAAUUGCUUGAAAACGAACAUAAAAAAUAGGCAACAUAAUAAUGUUCAAGGUCCUUCAGAAUUUCAGUGCUAAUAAUUUGUUUCCGAUAUUAUGUGACCUCGAGUCAUAAAAGAAAACUCCCUCACCUAUGAUAUUUUAGAAUGAAUUUUUGAAAAAAAAGCUUUGUCCAUUUAUUAAAGUUAUAUAAGAAAAACAGACAGAAUUUAAGGGAAAUUCUUAAAGUUAUUUGCAGAAUGGGGUAAAACUAAUGUUUCUCUAAAAAAAUCACCAGUGGCAGAACAUUCAUAAAAUCUAAUAUUUAAUUAAAUCAUUCUGUUAGGAUAACAUUUCAACGUUUUGGGGAAUUAUUCUGAAAGUGGUGUUGGACAUAUAAAGUGCUCGUACAUUGUGUUCAAUAUUUCAUGUGGAUUCAUUUCUGGGAUUAAGUAUAUUUUGAAAAUGAACAUACUCCUUAACUUAAGUUAUUUACACCCAAGUAUUUCUCUCUCUUUUUUGUAAAACUGUUAAUAAAUAAACUGCU